CUCUGCUUGCCAAAAGUCUAUUGCGAACGCGAAUGAUUCUAGUGCACUGAAAUUACAUUUUUGGCUGUGAUCUAUCGUGCAGAGCUAUGUCUAGUGUGAGCUCUGACUGUGAAUCUUCGUACUACACGGAAUCGGAAGCAGAAAGUGAUUACGUUACGCAUGAGGAUGGACAACCGGCGCCGCUUUUCAAUCACACCCUUGAGGUGGAAAAUAUUAUACGCGAGCAUGUGGACAUUACGACUAAAAAUGCAGUCGGUCUUAACCAUCAGUACAAGGCAAAGCUACUGGUUCUACGGCAGCAACUGGAAGGAUUGCUUUCACGAUGUCAAAAUCGUUUGGUUGAAGUUGAAAAAAGUCUAGAUGAUAUCCGGUUGAAUUUAACGCCUAAAACGCGCCCGGUACGACCUCGCCAUCCCGGGUACAUCUGUGGGCAACCGUUUUUCAAGGAUGCCGAGCUCUACCCCGGCCCACACAAUAAGGACUAUCUGUACCGGAAGAACGUCAAGAAAGAGUUUUUCCCGUUGGAUAUGUUUGAAUCGAUUGCCACACUCUGGACGCGCAGUGAUAAGCAAAUGUUAAAGGAUAGCGUAGCGAGUCAAGCCUUUGAGUUUGUCCGAAGAGAAAACCAGCUACAAGAGAAAAUGUGCAUCAAUUCGGGCAAUGCAAGGCGAAUGAUAAAAGAAAGAAUUGAAUUGAAAACGCUCCCGUUGGAAGAGAUCUGGCACAAAGCGCAAGCUUACGAUGGUAAAUAUGGACGCCAACAGUUCACCGUGGACUGGUUAAAAAUAUCAAACAGCGUCCUGAAUGGACGACAUUCUGCGGCUGCUUGUGAGGGUAUGUGGAACAACUACUUGGUGCCCGGUUUGAAACGAUGCCUGUGGACGCCCGAUGAAGAAUCGAGACUAGUCGCUGCAGUUGAAUCGAACAGGCGAUGCAACUGGGUUCUCAUAGCGCUGAGCGUUGAAAACCGUUCCGAGUACCAGUGCUUUGUACAUUAUCAGACCAACUUUUCCGAACUCUCACAGAUCAAAAAGAUGCCCUGGACGCAGGAAGAGGACGAUCUAUUGCUGCGCUUGGUGAAUGAAAACCGUAUCGGAAACCAUAUCAUAUGGAACAAAAUCGUGGAACGUAUGCCGUACCGAAACAAGGUGCAGGUUUAUCAUCGCUACAAGUACACCCUUUUGCGUCCGCUAAGGGGGGCCAAGUUUACGGCCGAAGAAGAUUGUGUAAUUACGGCGUACGUGCAGCAGUUUGGCGAUGAUUUUAAAUUCUUCCCCGAAGAUCUAUUACCGGGCAGGACCACGAAACAGAUCCGGGCCCGAUACAUGAACACGCUGCGCUUCGUCAACACGCACGUCGGUUGGAGCCUCGACGAAGACAAGCGUUUGAUGAGCUACAUCGCGGAACAUCUUACCGAGGAAGGACCGGGAAAGAUUUCAUGGGCCGAGUGUUCCAAACAUCUCGGGAACCAUUCGCGGCUAAGUUGCCGCACGCGGUAUUACACUAUCGAAAAGUUUCUCGAACGAAAUCCUAACGCAACGCUCGAGAGUGUACCGAGAAGGGAAAAGAAAAAACUUUCCUCCAGUGUGACGGGGAAGAAUUGGAUAAAAACCAUUGUGGAGAUCAAGAACGCACCGAAGACUGCACGGAAAAGCGGAGCCCCAAUCAAUCCACUAGAGAUCGGCAGAUCAUCCUCCGCCGAAUGGAGUCUGUACGAGCAGAUGAAAUUUUCCUUCCGGUACAAAUUCGGCUACAAACUUACCCUGAAUGCCAAAAACAAUCACGUUUACACGGGGACGAAAAUGUUGCUUCAUCUUUUAGAAGGAUUCCACGGACCGUCGUCCGAAAACGAAUCAUUUGCGGUUUCCUGCAUGUUGCAUCCCAAGAGCGAAACAUGGCAGAUGCUGCAAGCCGUACUACACUGUCCCUUAGACUGGGCUAACCUCGUGUCUAAAAUGCAUCCCAAAAUGACACCGUCAGGUGAAUCGAUGCUGUUUUGCCGGUUUCCUCCCAACUACAACACGGUGUUGGGUUUGCGGGGCAUUUGCAUGAAUGCUUGCAGCGAACAAAGAAAGCACACUUUGAACGACCAAAAGUCGGAACAAAAACUCGCUGCUUUCAAUGAACAAAUGUACGACCAGGCAAUAGGAGCGUUUGUAGAGCGCUUUCGUAAAAUAUUCCACUGGACCAUGCUGCUAAUGAUGCUAAACAUUGACGAUGUGUCGCUCGAAAAUGAAGAAUCAUCGCACCAUGAUGUUGGUGGUGUGCCCCAUAACAUGCACGCCAAUCCGACGCUAAUUGUACCGGUAAAAGUAGAUAAGCUGAUGAAUAGUUCCCAUCCGGAACAAAUGGACAUAUGCGCACCACAAUCGUCUACUGUGAAUGAAAACAAUUUAAACCUUGUGACUAACAUAACGAUAAUUGAUCCUAAGGAUCUUCCAGCAGUUCCGCAAUACGCCGCAAUUAGGGAAAAUGUUCCAGGCCGGGAAACUGAGUUUAAAUGUCACCAGCACUUAGAUGAGUCACUAGCAACAUUGAACUAUAGCAUUGAAAGCUCAGAAUCUAGUAACAAAAACUUAACAACAGAUAAUAGAUCAAAAGUGGAUACGAUCGGAAAACCACUGAAAGAUGUUAUUCAACUCGAAGUUGCACCGCACCGUACUGAACAAUGUAGUCCUGAGGCAAUUUCCUCAACGAAUGUCAGUGCCAUAGAAGGUGGUGAAAAUCAAAUGAUAAAACAUUUAACCGCUUUUACUAUUAUCAAAAUACCACAGCAAAUAUCUUUGGUGCAACAGCAACUAAACUCUAGCACCACUUCGCCACACGCUAACAUAAUUUACAACGUACCGGCAGACGUUAAAAUAUGUCCAGUCGAUGUACGAGAUCAGUUUUAUGAGUCAACGAAAGUGUACAGAACUGAAGACAGAGAUAGGCAAGCAGAAGGGGUUUCAGUUCCAUUGGAAAUGCCCCAACACCAAAUAGUGAGCAAUGAACGUUCGUGUUUAACGGCAAUGGACACAUGUUCGAAAGUAGAUGCAGUCAGAUCCAACCAUGUAUCAACUAACGAAGACAUUGAAAUGAUCGAAGUUGAUCGUCGUCCGCCAAGCGUUCCAGAUACUUCAAUUUCUAACACAUGUGACGAAAAUCAUGACCUGGAAUCCUUUACCGCAACGAAACAAAAUAUACUGGCGGUCUCGUAUAACCAAAUAGCAUUGGAGACAAAUUGUCUGGCGCAUAAAGUUGUUCAUGAUCUUAAUUGCGAACAAGCAACAACGGUUUUGUCCCCAAUUGCUCGUAACGAUUGUCAACCGUCUGGGGAUAACACGAUAGCUGCACCAUUGGAAAUACUGCAUCAGAAUCAGAACAACGAGAGGCAAAAAGGUGAAAUCGUAUCCAUGGACCAAAAGGGAGAAUUCGCGCCUGAAUCGGAAGAUAACAGCAGCAAUGUCGCAACGGAACCAGUUCCAGACACAAAGUUUGAUAGCAACGAGCAACGAGAGCUGUUGAGUGACAUCAACGAACCGCCGCUUACCGCUGUUGAUAUUAUUCGAAUGUUGCGCGCCCGAUAUAAUGCUCAGUAUUACGACGAGAGUGACAAUGAAGACGAAUUUGAACCCGUACCAAAUGAUUAAAGAUGCAGAAGGU